UUUUCCUCCGCCUCUGGUUGUCAAGAAGAUGGCAGCUUCCAGGCAGGCAUGAGAGGAAAUACUUCUUCACAAAUCGAAUGAAUUUGGAUUAUUGCCGCAAGAUUAGAGCACAUAUCUGUGUUUUUGCAAUAACUGCAUCGAAAUAAAAGUCAUGUCUGCCCCUGGCUCCGCGGUAUCUGGGACCACGGCGUCGGUUCUGCAGCCGCGAUGGAAACGGGUCCUCGGGUGGUCUGGUCCUGUUCCCCGGCCCAGACAUGGACACAGAGCUGUGGCUAUAAAGGAGCUUAUGGUUGUUUUCGGCGGUGGAAACGAAGGGAUUGUGGAUGAGCUGCAUGUAUACAACACCGCAACAAACCAGUGGUUUAUCCCAGCAGUCCGUGGUGAUAUCCCUCCUGGUUGUGCUGCAUAUGGUUUUGUCUGUGAUGGCACACGGUUGCUGGUAUUUGGUGGAAUGGUGGAGUAUGGAAAGUACAGCAACGAUCUUUAUGAACUACAGGCCAGCAGAUGGGAAUGGAAAAAAUUAAAAGCAAAAAACCCGAAGAAUGGCCCCCCUCCUUGCCCUCGUCUUGGCCACAGCUUUUCACUGGUUGGCAACAAAUGCUACCUGUUUGGUGGACUCGCCAAUGACAGCGAAGACCCAAAAAACAACAUUCCCAGAUACCUGAAUGAUCUGUACACACUCGAGCUUCGUGCAGGUUCCAGUGUGGUUGGAUGGGAUAUUCCAAUCACAUACGGAGUCCUGCCUCCUCCUCGUGAGAGCCACACUGCUGUGGUAUACACAGAGAAGGCAACCAGGAAGUCGCGCUUAAUAAUCUAUGGAGGAAUGAGCGGUUGCCGUCUUGGAGAUCUAUGGACACUUGACAUUGAUACCCUGACAUGGAACAAACCAUCAGUAAGCGGCACAGCGCCACUUCCUCGAAGUCUUCACUCUGCUACCACCAUCACAAACAAGAUGUAUGUUUUCGGAGGAUGGGUACCUUUGGUGAUGGAUGAUGUCAAAGUGGCCACACACGAAAAAGAGUGGAAAUGCACAAACACUCUUGCGUGCUUGAACCUCGACACCAUGUGUUGGGAAACAGUGUUGAUGGAUACUCUUGAAGACAACAUCCCCAGGGCCCGUGCUGGUCACUGUGCUGUGGCUAUCAAUUCCAGGCUUUAUGUAUGGAGUGGCCGUGACGGUUAUCGUAAAGCUUGGAACAACCAAGUCUGUUGUAAAGAUCUGUGGUACCUGGAAACAGAGCGACCGCACGCCCCUGCCAGGGUGCAGUUAGUCCGUGCCAACACAAACUCUCUGGAGGUGAGUUGGGGUGCAGUCUCCACAGCUGACACAUACUUGCUGCAGCUGCAGAAGUAUGACAUUCCUGCAACUCCAGCUGCAGCCUCUCCAGCUAUGAGCGCAACCCCAUCGCAGCCGCUUAACUCUCCAAAGAGCCCAGUGCCAGCUGCUGCAGCACCGUCGGCUCAGAGCUUACCACAGACAGCAGUUUUAAAGGUUGCAGCUCAGCAGUCUGCAACAGGCGCAUCUGUUGUCACAGUUCGUCCCAGCCAGCCGGGGAAAUCCCCCGUCACUGUGACAUCCCUUCCUCCAGGUGUUCGAAUGGUAGUUCCAGCCCAGACUACCCAGGGAUCGCCAAUUGGAAGUAGCCCUCAGAUGAGUGGCAUGGCAGCUUUAGCUGCUGCUGCAGCAGCAACCCAGAAGAUCCCGCCCUCUUCGGCAGGAACUGUCCUCAAUGUUCCUGCAGGUGCUACCAUUCUCAAAACAGUGGCAGUUUCUCCCAGCACAACCACAGUGAAAGUGGCUUCUCCAGUCAUGGUCAGUAACCCGGCCACCCGGAUGUUGAAGACUGCCGCUGCCCAAGUGGGCACAGCAACUGCAUCCUCUCCCACCACUACCACCAGACCCAUCAUCACUGUGCACAAGUCUGGUGCAGUCACAGUGGCCCAGCAGGCCCAGGUGGUGACCACUGUGGUGGGAGGAGUCACCAAGACCAUCACCCUGGUCAAGAGCCCCCUGACCAUGGGCAGCAGUGGCACUCUGAUCUCCAACCUUGGCAAGAUGAUGUCUGUGGUACAAACCAAGCCAGUGCAGACAUCAGCUGUCACAGGCCAGGCUUCCACUAACCCUCUCACACAGAUCAUACAGACGAAGGGUCCACUCCCAGCUGGCACAAUCCUGAAGCUGGUGACCUCUGCAGAUGGCAAACCCACAACCAUCAUCACCACCUCCCAGGCUGGAGGCACAGGAAACAAGCCCACUAUCCUCAACAUCAGCGGAGUCUCUCCUACUACCACUAAGCAGGGUACCACCAUCAUUAAGACUAUCCCCAUGUCAGCCAUCAUGACCCAGCCUGGAGCUACAGGUGUAACAAGCAGUGCAGGUAUGAAAACGCCCAUUACAAUCCUUACCACAAAGGUGAUGACCACAGGAACUCCUGGGAAAAUCAUCACUGCGGUGCCCAAACUUGCCACGGCAGCUGGCCAGCAGGGACUGACACAGGUGGUUUUGAAGGGUGCUCCCGGGCAACCUGGCACUAUUUUACGCACUGUUCCCAUGAGCACAGUGGGUGGCGUUCGUCUGGUUACACCAGUGACUGUGUCUGCUGUUAAGCCGACUGUCACAACUCUGGUUGUCAAGGGGACUACAGGUGUCACCACUCUCGGCACAGUCACUGGUACCGUUUCUUCUAGCUUGGCGGGAGGCACAGUUGAUAGUUCAACUUCCUCUCUCGUUACUCCCAUCACCACACUGGGAACCAUUGCUACCCUGUCCAGCCAGGUCAUCAACCCAACUGCCAUUACAGUUUCAGCUGCUCAGACUAGCCUGACUUCUUCCUCCGCACUGCCCUCUUCUACUAUGACAGUGCAGCAGAACCAGCCCACCCAGGUGACUCUGAUCACAACUCCCAGUGGUGUUGAGGCUCAGCCAGUACAAGAUCUACCAGUAUCCAUCCUGGCUUCACCAACCUCUGAGCAACCCACUUCCACUGAGGCUGGAGCUGCUGGAGAGAGCUCUGGAACUGUCACUCUGGUCUGCUCUAAUCCGCCCUGUGAGACCCACGAAACGGGAACUACCAACACAGCCACCACUUCUUCCGCAACAAUUGGUGCAGGACAGGUCUGCUCUAACCCACCAUGUGAGACCCACGAAACCGGAACCACCAACACAGCCACCACUUCGUCUGCAACAAUUGGAGCAGGGCAGGUCUGCUCUAACCCACCAUGUGAAACCCAUGAAACAGGAACCACCAACACAGCCACCACUUCCUCAGCUACAAUCGGUGCAGGACAGGUCUGCUCGAAUCCGCCCUGCGAGACCCAUGAGACAGGAACUACCAACACAGCCACAACUGCUUCUUCAAACAUGUCUGCGCUACGCAUGUGCUCCAACCCACCAUGUGAGACCCAUGAAACCGGAACAACAAACACGGCUACCACAGCAACGUCGAACAUGGGAGGAGUGCAGCAGGCGUGCUCCAACCCGCCCUGCGAGACCCAUGAGACCGGAACUACCAACACAGCCACAACUGCUUCUUCAAACAUGUCUGCGCUACGCAUGUGCUCCAACCCACCAUGUGAGACCCAUGAAACCGGAACAACAAACACGGCUACCACAGCAACAUCGAACAUGGGAGCAGUGCAGCAGGCGUGCUCCAACCCGCCCUGUGAGACCCAUGUGACGGGCACCACCAACUCCACCACACAAGCUUCAUCUAGCAUGAAUGCAAACCAGACAGACACGGUGCAGAGCGUGUGCUCUAAUCCACCCUGCGAAACCCAUGAGACGGGGACCACCAAUUCUCCGUCCACAGCCACCUCCAGCAUGGGAGGAGACCAGACCAGCACAACAACAGCCCUGGUCCAAAGGGUUUGCUCCAACCCUCCCUGUGAAACACACGAGACAGGGACCACCAACACAGCCACAACUGCCACUUGUAGCAUGGAGACAGGUGAAGGCACUGCAACCCAGCAGACAGAAGAAGGAGCAGAAGGUACCAGCAGCACAGAAGAGGCAUCCACCACAGCAACAACUGGCACCACCCAGGGCAGGGCUAUCACUACUGUCACUCAGUCUACACCAGCCCCUGGACCCUCUGUGCCUUCGAUCUCAUCCAUCACAGAGGGAGUAAGCACUGCAGCUAGCUCCACAGAGGAACCCAUGCAGACUGAUGAGCCAGCAUCAGCAGAAGCUGCACCUGUUGAGGAAGGAACCGCAGCAAUGGAGACGCAAGCAGAGGGAGAAGCAGCAGCAGCGACAGCCUUGAACCUUCCUUCAGAGCUGAUGUCUGAGGGCCAGGGAGCCACACUAAUGGUGACGGGGCUGUCGGACGAGGAACUGGCUGUCACUGCAGCAGCAGAGGCGGCUGCACAAGCAGCAGCCACAGAGGAAGCCCAGGCCCUCGCUAUCCAGGCGGUCCUCCAGGCAGCUCAGCAAGCCGUAAUGAAUGAAGGCGAUGCUGCUGGAGAGAACCAGCAACCCACCAACAUCCCCAUCAUGCUGACCCAGCAAGAUCUUGCAGCACUGGUCCAACAGCAGCAACAAUUGCAGGAGGCUCAGGCCGCAGCUCAGCAGGCCACGGUGGACACAAGCUUGCCCACCGAGGGUCUUGCUCCUGCCGACAGCCUCAAUGAUCCGUCUGUUGAGAGCAAUGGGCACAACGAAAUGGCCGCUGCAGUCACAAGUGCUGUGGCUUCUCUCCUGCCACGCACCACAGCUGAGACGCUUGCGCCAUCAAGUACGUUUGCACCCUCUGUAUCUGUGGCAAGUCCAGCUAAACUUCAAGCAGCAGCCACUCUAGCAGAGGUCGCCAAUGGCAUUGAGGGAGAGAAGCAAGCCCCUCAGCCAGCUCCAGUGAAGCCUGUCGUGAAAAAGGAGAACCAGUGGUUUGAUGUUGGGAUUGUUAAAGUGACAAAUAUGGUUGUCACUCACUACUAUGUGCCAGGAGAUGAUUCUCAAGGAGAUGAUGACUCUGGCAUUAUACCAGACUACAGCCAGAUGAAGAAAAUGGAGCUGCAGCCUGGAACAGCUUACAAGUUCCGUGUUGCUGGAAUCAACGCCUGCGGUCGUGGAGCUUUCUCUGAGAUUUCAGCUUUCAAGACUUGCCUACCAGGCUUCCCGGGGGCACCUUGUGCCAUCAAAAUCAGCAAGAGCCCAGAUGGUGCCCACCUAACCUGGGAGCCACCCUCGGUGACGUCAGGAAAGAUCAUUGAGUACUCUGUGUACCUGGCCAUCCAGAGCAACCAAACAGCUGAAGCCAAGGCUUCCACCCCAGCCCAGCUAGCCUUCAUGCGUGUGUAUUGUGGACCCAACCCAUCUUGCUUGGUUCAGUCGUCCAGCCUCUCUAACGCACACAUCGACUACACCACCAAGCCAGCGAUCAUCUUCCGCAUUGCCGCCCGUAACGAGAAGGGCUAUGGUCCUGCCACACAAGUUCGAUGGCUGCAAGAAUCUGGCAAAGAUGCCUCCUCUGCAAAACCGGCCCCCAAAAGACCAGGCACCUCUCCUGAUACUAAGUCUACUGGUCCAAAGAAAGCAAGGACGGACCAGUGAGGUGGCCUGGAGAUCCCUCCCAGUCUUUUCUUUUGGUCUUUUUUUUACCCCACUCGCUGUCUUUUUAUCAAGAAGACUGACCUUCACCCUUUCUCCUCUUCAUCCUCAUCCUAACCUCAUCCUCCAUCCACUUCCCCAAAUGUCUCAGACAGAGACUGCAAUGGAGGCAGAACAACCAUAUGAAGCCGAGACGAAAGUUGAUCUGAGAGAUGUUUCUGUAGAUAAAACCCUCCUUCCUCCUCGUUCUGUUGGUCGUACUAUUUUUAGAGCAAACCUAGAAGCACAUUAUCUUUUUCAGUCACAUCUCCUUCCAUCCUUUUAACACCUAUUUUUGACUUAUUUCAAUAGUUGGAACAGUAUAGAGAAGCAUUUACAUCUUUCACAAACUGGGAGCCAGCCUGAGCGCAAUGUUACCCUUUUUCUUUUUCCUGUGUUUUUGGGGAAUUCUGGGGGGGAUGUAGAGAGAGACUACAUGGAAUGAUGUACAGUGUUGAAAAAGGCUGUGGAAGCAUUAGUAUAGAUGAGAGGAAAAAAAAUCGGUAUGGAAUCAAAUAAAGCACUUGUCCUCUGUGAAGGAGGACUUUUUUUUUUUUAUUAUUAUUAUUAUUUUGCUCAAAACUAAUUUGCUUCAUUGAGAACCAAGUCUGUACAGUCAUCGUACUGGACUCCAGUCUCCUGGUAAUGUCAUCACUGUGCGCUUUUUACCCCAAGAUGAGGACUGGUGGCCAACAUGUUGGAAGAAUGGCAAAAGGAAGAGAUUUGUAGAGAACGAAUGACUUUGCUAGGACUGAGACUUGCAGCACACAUGGAAAAAAAAAUCUUCCCAAAAAAUUAGCAAGCAAUGACGCAGAAGAUCUUUUGUGUAGUUUAUUUUUGUAUUUUUUAAGCUUUUUUCCUUCUGUGUGUAUGUGUAUGUUGUGUGCAUUUUUAAGAGAAAAAAAAAUACAUCAGUUUUUUUUAACUGUUGUUCAUCCCAAUAAUUUGUGUUCAUGGGAAGAUGUUGUGGCUAAUGUUGAGGUUGCCACUCUAUUUUAAAAAAAGAAAUCUUCAGUUGGUUGUAUGUUCUUGUUAACAGAUAGCAAUGAAAGUGAGAAAGACUUUUUGUAUUUGUUCCAAGUAGAAACCGCAGAGGUUAUAGGACUGAAGGGAACUUUUGAUGUGGACCCAGGGAGAGGAGUUUUUACUUUGUUUACUACUCGAUACUUGUGUUGCUUCAUUUGCCAAACAUGGAAACACAAGGGGGAGGAGAGGCUUAGAAAAGACCAACAUCAGAUCUUUUCCAUCCUUUCCCCUCCCCCUCCAUGAUAUCCCGAUCAGUUGUCCUAUGCUUUUUACACUUAUGAAUGUGCUGUCCUCACGUCUAAGUUUUAGAAUGGCAAAUUAUCAGUAGAAUUAUUUUCCCUUCCCCUAUUUGAUGUAUGUAAAUCCAUUUAAUAAAUCUUUUGUUCCUUUCCACGGCUCUGUAUUCCAGACUACAGAUGGUGUGCGAGCUAACUGUGACAUGUAAAACCCAUAUGUCUUUUGAACGGCGAUGUCUUGGGAAGAAAGCUUACAUAGCUGGAGUGUACUCACUUGUAAAUUAGUUCAUUCAUAGAGCAAGAAUGAAAAAAAAAAAA